GUGAUUGCUGUAUCAGGAUGAGCGCUUUAAACUCCAGUUUAUUGAAGAAUCUGUCGUUCGUGCGUCCUGAGUACUUUUAUAUCACUGGAUUUUCUGGAUCGCCUCUUCUGAAAUAUUAUUUUGUUGCUUUGCUGUUCAUGUACAUCGUCGCUGUGUUUGGAAACGCGUUCGUAAUUCUAAUGAUCAUAAUCGAUCAAAGUCUGCACGUUCCUAAAUACUUAGGAAUCGUCAGUCUGGCUUUAGCAGAUCUUGGCGAGACGAAUGCUCUGAUCCCGAACCUCAUUAAGACUUUUCUGUUUGAUUCGCAGUUUAUUUCUUAUGACGCCUGUUUGGCUAAUAUGUUUUUUGUGUUUUUCUUCAGCGGUGUUCAGGCUUUAACUCUUGUGGUUUUGGCGUAUGAUCGUUUUAUUGCUAUUUGCUUACCAUUACGAUAUCAUGCGAUUGUGAAUAACUACUUCAUGUCUGUAAUUUUACUCUCAGUUUGGUCGUUUAUCGCUGUACUGAUUGGCGUGUUGGUCGGUUUAAUAACUCGUCUUUCCUUCUGUAAAACUAAUGUAGUAGAAAGCUAUUUUUGUGAUCACGGCCCGAUUUACAAAAUGUCCUGCAAUGACAACACCAUAAACUCAGCUGUGGCUAAACUCUGCUCUGCACUAUUGAUCUACGCUCCUUUAAUUUCAAUCAUUUUAUCAUAUUUAGGUAUUUUUCUCGCUUUAAGUAAAAUCACAACCUGGGCUGGACGACUCAAAGCUCUAAAAACCUGCAUCUCUCAUCUGUUAUUAGUGGGCGUGUUUUUUCUGCCUGUUGUGAGCACAUAUAUCGCAGCUUUAACUUUUACCCUUAAUCUUAAUUCUAGAAUCCUCAGUACUUCUCUAUCCAGCGCUAUUCCUCCCAUGCUAAAUCCCAUCAUUUAUGUCCUAAACACGAAGGAAUUCAAAGUAUAUCUUUUGAAAUGGAUUAAAAAGAGAUCCAGUGUGAAGCCGCAGCUUUUAGUGACUUCAAAGUGACUGAAUAACUAUUUUAUGUCUGUAGUUUUAAUAGGAGUUUGGUCAGUUUGCUCUGCUUUAAAUGGAACAACAGUGGCUUUAAUCAUUUAAUCAAUUUCAUUCUGUAAAACUAAUGUGGUUAAAAGCUAUUUUUGUGAUUAUGGACCAGUUUACUCACUUCCUGUAUUUAUAAAACCAUAAAUUCAAAAGUUACAAAAUUGUAUUUAACCCCAUUCAUCUACAUCUCUUUGAUUUUAAUUAUUUUAUCAUA